AUGCAAGGCCGUAAUAGUGACAUGAUCACUUUCCAGUACGAAAUGGAAGGCUUCUUGUUAAAAAUUGAUUAUUGGGUUCAUCAGCUAAGAAUGCACCAAUUUGAUGCAUUUCCUCUACUAAAAGCUCAUUUUGCCAGCUAUCCACCAGAUGCAUAUAGUCUGGAUUUGUUUACCACGCAUUUGAGUGAGAUGAAAGUGUUAAUCCGAGAAUAUUUCCCCCCUCUUCGGGAAUACGAAAAUGAGUGGGUCAUCAGCCCUUUCAACGCAGUUGUUGUUCACAACGCUCAAAUGGAAACAAAUUUGCAACAUCAGUUGUUUGGUUUGAGUGUAAACCUGCGAAUGAAAGCUGAAUACUCAACUCGUACGGUUUCUCAGUUUUGGGUAUCUCUGAAAGAUAAAUAUCCACAACUUUCAUCUCAAGCUAUGCGAAGUUUAAUGCCCUUUCCGACUUCCUAUCUCUGUGAAUUAGGAUUUUCAACCGUAAAAUUUUUGAAAAAUGAAUACCGAAAUAGAUUGCAAAAUAUUGAAAGUGACCUCAUGCUUGCAAUCAACUCGAAUAUUCAACCCAACAUCGAACGACUUGUUAACGAGAAAUAA